GCAUUCACUGCUGCAGUUACCUUUGCACCCAUCCAUCAGUUUCAGAUAAAAUGGCACUGCAGACGCAUUCUACUGGUGAGCCCCUACUCCCCUCCUCUGCUUCUCCUCUUUGUGCCAAUUCAAAAAAAUCCAUUUGAUAGAGAAACACACAACCUUUGGUUGCUUUCUCUUUCAUGCCUGCCUCAUCAUGGCUUCGUCCUCCUUUAGCAUUUGCAUCAUUUGUGCCACUAAAGCUCCUGCCCUUGUGAAGCAUUUCUUGAUGCCUCCCAGCUCCCGAAUGGCCAUACAACUCACACUCAUACUCAUUUCAUGUAGCCUUUACAGUAUGUAUUCUUCUUCUUCAUCUUCUUCCUUCUCAGCAUCUUCCUCGCUCGCAUUGCUGGUGCUUGUCAUCUCCACCUGCAUCUCCUUGCUCUUCUCCAACCUCAGACACCUGCUCAAAGCAACCAUCACCCACAAAGGUAAGGCUCCCCCUUCAAUGGAGGAGGCUGUGCAUCAGGAGAAGAGCAUUGUGCCACAAGAUGAGGUGCCGGAGGAUGCACCAGAGGAUUUGAUGGGAAGCCUAUCAGAUUCUUCAGAGUCCAUGACAAACGAUGAAGAGUGCAGUGAGGAGGGCUCAAUCUCUGACGACAUCGACGAUGACGAUGAGAGCCUCAUUGAGAUCUCCCUUGUUGAUGGGCACUAUGUGGGAGCAGGGCAGGCUGAGCAAUGUGCAUACAAGAAGGAGCUCCUCGCCGAGUUCUUUCCUGAUUUAGUGCUUGACAAGAGAGACUUCAUCGACAUCUUGUCGGAGAUCAGCGAGGAGGACAGCCUGAUCGAGAUUGACAUCACAAGAGGCUCAAUCAAGUGCUCAAACUUCGGUAUCAAGACAUGAAGUUACCAAAGGUUUGGAGAAACUGAAACCUUGCUCUGCAUUGGUUCAAAGCUUUGACCAGGGAAAUUAAGGCAGCAAGUUGUACCUGUCCUACUACAUGUAAUGCUGUAAGGUGUUCUUUUUACAAGAGCUUAUGGUUUUCUUUGUGAUUCUUCA